AUGAGCAAAUUCAGUAGAUCAGUUCCUGAUGGGCUGAAAAUGGCUGACGAUGAAAUAGGACCAAAAUCACCAAAGUCUCCGAACCCUGGAGGUGUGGCAUGGUUUGUAGACGAGCUGGCCGUGAUUGAAGAAGAAGCUCCUGAAAAACGACGCACAUUUGACGAAGAUUCAAUGAGGAGCAGUCGAAGUGGCAGCAGUUCAAGAACGGAACAACGUACUCGAGAGCACUCACUGGUUAUGCCUGCAGUCCCGGAAAAAGAAGAGAAAAGUGAAUUGAAGCUAGAAGAUCGAGAGAAAACGACAUAA